AUGACACAUUCAGGGCUAGUUACCCCACAUUCUCGUCCAGGCACUCCAUCGGGGUUGCCGGCAAUCAGUGCUACUACUACUGCUGCUGCUACCACAGCUGAUCAAACUACUGGGCAUUCUUCAUUAACUCCACUGUCUGCAUCAGUACACGCACAGUCAAUAUCUAGACCUUCAUCUGCUGCAGCAGUCUCAUCGUCGUCGCCCUCGUCGAGUAAACCUUCCGUUCCAUCCUAUGAACGGUCAAUCUAUGAAAAUUUUAUGGCAUUGUACAGGAAAUUACUUGAGAUUAAGAAUAAUCGAAAUAAAUACAUUGAUCUGAAGCAAGUUUAUUCGAUAUAUGAUACGUUUCUUGAUUCAAUAAACGAAUUGAAAUUGACAAGAAAGGAUGAAGAGUUGAAGGGGAUGAAGUUGGAUUUACCAAAUAGCAAUGAUUCAAUAAUUGAUGAUAUAUUUCAACUAUUGAGUUUAUGUUUUGUCACUUGUGGAUUAAUCAAGUUCGCUCCUGCUACAUAUUCAAGUUUAAGUACGGUGAUGAAAUUGUUGACACAUUUAAAAGAAUGUAAAGUUUAUACCAUGGCUGAUUUAGAACCAGUGGGUCAAAGAUUACUGGAAAUCAGUGAGAUUAUACUAUCAAGUCAAGACAAGUAUGCUGCUGAUGAUGACGAAGAAGAUGACGAAGAUACUACAGCAGAUAGCGGCGGUGGCGGCAAAUUGCUGCAAAAUCAUCAAAUUGAAGAAACCUUAUUACGAAACAAGUUGAUCAAGUGUGAAAAUUUAUUUAAGGAAUUGGUUGACAAUUUUGAAAAUAUACCUCAUGAUUUGGAACCAAUUUAUGAUAAAUUGAUUGAUUUGAGGCAUCAAUUAUUGACUUUUGUUACUGAUUUUGGCCAAGGUGAAGGAGAAGGAGAAGGAGAAGGAGAAGGAGAAGGAGAAGGAGGGGAGGGAAAAAGUGGUACCACCGACGAUGAAACUAAACGUAAUCAAAUGAAGGAGAAGCUUACGGGAUAUAGAAAUGAAUUGAAACAAAUUGAAAAGUUGCGUGAUGAAUCCGAUGGUAAGUUCUAUAGUAAUGAAGUCCACGAUGAACGUCAAUUGGAUUCGAUACAAGCUGUGCUUAAUGGGUUAAGUGAUGAUUGUAACAACUUGAUAUCCGACUUGUUAAUCCACAACCAGGCCUUUAACUUGAAAGCAUUGGAAAUUGAUGAUGAUUAUGCUAAAUCCAACCCCGAGUUGAAGCUGCAAUAUGAUCAAGUAUACAAGGAUUUGCAAGAUAUGAAAUCAACAUUGGAGAAUUUAUUAUUAACUAGAAGAUGGACAUUAAGAGAGACUGAUUUAUACAACUAUCAAAAGACAUUGAAAGCAAUUGAUGAUUCAAGAAUUAAAAUAUUCAAUCAAACACCCAAGGGUAAAUAUAAAAAAUAUCAAACAUUGAUUUUAUAUUUAUUAAGAAAAUGCUAUUCAAUAGUGUAUAAGUUAUUGGAAAGCAGUGAACCAGUUAGUGAAAGUUUAGCACCGAUACAUAAUCAAUUACAAACGGUCAAGAGAUGCUUAUUAGAAUUAAAACGAGUUGAUGGAUUGAACAAUUUGCGCGAGUUGUACCCCUUCCAAUUCAAAUUGGGGUCGAUUGAUAAUUUGAGAAAGGAUGGGAAAUUUAUUGUUCAUCAAACGGUACCUGAAGGUCAAGGUGCUGUUUGUGCAUUAUUAAGUGAAUGUUUUGAUAUUUUACAAGAAAUUAAGAUUGAUUUGGAAGAAAAAGAAUUGGAAGAAGAGGAAGAAGCAGAACAAGAGGCAGAGGAACAAAGAAGAAGUGGAGGUGACGGUGGUGCAGGCACCAAUGAUGACCCAAGCCAGACAACUGAUGGUGUAACUUCACAACAACAACAACAAGAAAACCAAGAACAACUACCACCACCAACAGCCUCAUCCGGUAAAGUAGCCAUUAGUGGAAGUUUUACCAAUUCAGGUGAGAGUGGAAUAGGUACAAAUUCUGAUGACUUAGACGAUGUUGAAAUGAAAAGAAAUAGAUUCAAAGAGUUCAAUGAAGCUGAUUAUGACGUUGAAAGUGAAUCGGCAUUUGGUGGAGAUGAUGAUGAUGAUGACGAUGCUUUAAGUAUAACUGACAGUGAAGUUGAAGGUAAUGAUUAUUAUUGA